CUCUAUAUAUUCACAUUAUUCCAUGUGGGUAUUAAAAUACAAAAGUAAAAACUGCAUUUGGUUUUGAUUUCGUUGUUAUAGAGGUGGGAAAAAAUGGCGACAUUAAGCAUAAUUUGUUUAAAUAAAACACAGUAGCACAUUUGUUGAGCUGGUGACAGCAAUGUACAUACAGAGGUGACAAAGCAGAGCGGAUUGUGGGUCACAUAUUGCUACAGAGACGGUUGACCGAUUUGCCCCAGACCGGUUAAAAAAUCUCCCUGCUAUGAUUUCUGGGUAAAGUGCGCCCUGCUUGGUAUCCGCCCAUAUUCCCGUAACUCGGGCCAGCCUGAGCAGCAGCAGCAGCAGCUAGGCCGAAGGGACGCUGGAUCAGAUGGAAAGUUCAAUCGAUUGAUUCCUCCACUCUUUCUUUUUUUUUUAAAUUGUUUUUUGUCUGCAUGGUCCCGCUUGCUUCCGACACGACGUUGAACCGACCGGAAUGCGGGGGUUUUGGUGAGAAGCAGAAGUAGGAAAUGCGGAGAUCGAGUGAAACGGGAGGAUUAUCUGCUUGACUUCUUUGGUCGCUACUUCAGACGCGGAACUCCAUUCGCUAAAAGGUAAAUCAUGACAGAAUAUAAGCUGGUUGUGGUGGGAGCUGGUGGUGUCGGCAAGAGCGCGCUUACGAUCCAGCUCAUCCAGAAUCAUUUUGUGGAUGAAUAUGACCCGACUAUCGAGGACUCCUACAGAAAGCAGGUGGUUAUCGAUGGAGAGACGUGUUUGCUGGACAUCCUGGACACUGCAGGUCAGGAGGAGUACAGCGCCAUGAGGGAUCAGUACAUGAGGACAGGAGAGGGAUUCCUCUGUGUUUUUGCCAUCAACAACACCAAGUCCUUUGAAGACAUUCACCACUAUAGAGAACAGAUCAAGCGGGUGAAGGACUCUGAGGACGUCCCCAUGGUGCUGGUGGGCAACAAGUGUGACCUCCCUUCUCGAACGGUGGAUACGAAGCAGGCUCAGGACUUAGCACGCAGCUACGGCAUUCCCUUUAUCGAGACCUCAGCCAAAACACGGCAGGGUGUCGAUGAUGCCUUUUACACAUUAGUCCGAGAAAUCCGAAAGCAUAAGGAGAAGAUGAGCAAGGAGGGCAAAAAGAAGAAAAAGAAGUCCAAGACAAAGUGUAUACUCAUGUGAAUAACCACCCUCCCUUUUUCAAGACAGACUAAAACAAAACAAAACAACAAUGUUGAACAGCUCAAAGUAAUAACAUUUUGUACAUUACACUAAAUUAUUAGCCUUUGUUUUGUUCGAACCUUCCUUAAUAAAUACUAACCCCUAUUUGAUUCUUCCAUUCGGACAUCGAUAAGCUUCAUUUCCAAUGUAGUGCCAGAUGCUGACCUGUAAGAACCAGAUGAGCCAUAUUUUUGUCUCUCUCUCUCUUUUUUAAAAUAUAGCAAUUAUGUGGGAUUUUUCACAUUGUUACCCAACCAGGAGAAAACUGUAUUACCAAUUAUAUUUGACAAAUUAUCUAUUAUGACUCAGUUGUUUUUACUGAAAUGCCACCGCCUUUGGUUGUAAGGGAUGCCAAAGAAUGAGAAUUCAUCCCGUUUGUGUAGAUAAACUGUAUCGGAGGAAAGACCAGUACUGAGCCCAGUAAGGUCCAAAUGUCCCAGCCACUGUGGAAUUCCCUCAUCUCUUACCUGUUCCUACCCCUUAGUUUUGUCACUGAUUAGUAUGCAUGCAGACUUCUAAUCUUUACCCCCAUCCCCAAGUGUCUAAUAUCCUAGUUAGCCAUUAAUUAAUUAAUUUGAAAAUUGUCAUUGCUUUGUAUUGUGUGGGGAGUGAUUUCAUGCCUAAAUGAGAAAAUGUGUUGUUGUUUUUUCCCUUGCAUGCUUUGUGUCCUUAAUGACAUGGAGAUUGCAAACUGCCUCUGGUUGUUGCAUUGAGGAACUUGGACUCUAAUUUUCAGGUUUUUAAUAAAGAGCAUUCAGUAAUUUCUUUUGUCAGAAUAAUUUUUUUUAAAUGAAAGAGUUAAAAUAUAGAUUAUGAUUUUUACCCAAUGCUGUGUUUUAUGUUGCAGAGUUUUAGGCUUUGUUUAAUGAGAUCCUUGCAAAAAAAAAGAGUUAUUUUCUACUUGUAAACCGCCUUCAUGCUCUCAGCUAAAGACUUUACAUUUUAACUGUUUGCUAAAAUGUAAAAAGUAAUUUGUUUUGUAACAGAAUAGAAACUUUUUUUGAAAGCUGCAAGAAAAAUUUGCCUCUGUUCGGAGUCCCAAAGGUUAACAACACUUUAAGGAGUAACGUGUGGAGGUGUUUGAAAUUGGCCACCUCUUUAUAAUUGGAAUGGAUGUUUUUAAAAUGAGGCACAAAUUGCCAUGAAAUAGGUUUUUAGACAUAAAUGUCGGAGUUAAUCCAAACAAUUAAUCCUAGUUCUUCUCAGGUCAGCCCGUGUCACCUUUGUCAUAAUAUCUACAGACUGAGUGUUUUUAUUUGCCUUUCAUCAUUACCGUAGGUGCUACGUUUAGACACUUAUUUUGUCCUGAGUUGUACCUAAAAAAAAAAAAAAAUGCACAAA